AGCUGGUAGGGGAGGAGAGGGGAGAGGACUGGGGCUGGCUGGGUUAGUUCAGCAGGAAGCGGCUGUGUGGAGCCAUGCAGAUCCAGUCUUCUGGUCCACAGUCCAAAGCCUCCAGCUUCAUCCUCAGUCAGAGAUGUGUGCUGGCCUCCAAAAUGGAAAUCCACCGUGAACAGAGUAUCUGCCAGGCGCGAGCCGCUGUUAUGGUGUAUGACGAUGCCAAUAAGAAGUGGGUCCCAGCUGGUGGUUCCACGGGCUUCAGCAGAGUCCACAUCUAUCACCAUACGGGCAAUAACGCCUUCCGCGUAGUGGGACGCAAGAUCCAAGAUCAUCAGGUGGUGAUAAACUGUGCCAUUCCCAAGGGGCUGAAGUACAACCAGGCCACACAGACCUUCCACCAGUGGCGCGACGCCCGGCAGGUCUAUGGCCUCAACUUCGGCAGCAAGGAGGAUGCCAACGUAUUUGCCAGUGCCAUGAUGCACGCCCUGGAGGUGCUCAACUCCCAGGACACAGGCCCUACAUUGCCCAGACAGGGCCCCCAGGUUCAGAAUGGCCCGACUCCAGAGGAGAUGGACCUGCAGAGAAGGCAGCUUCAGGAGCUGCAGAGGCAGAAGGAGAUGGAACGGGAGCAUCAGGAGCGAGAGCGUCAGGAGCGGGAGCGUCAAGAGAGGGAACGUCAAGACAGGGAGCGUCAAGAGAAGGAGCGUCAGGAGCGGGAGCGCCUGGAGCGAGAGAUGCUGGAGCGCGAGCGGCAGGAGCGCGAACGUCAGGAACGGGAGCGUCAGGAGAGGGAGGCACAGGCGGAGAGGGAGCGCCAGGAGCAGCAGGAGCGCAGCGAGCGUGAGCUGAUGGAGAGGGAGAAGACAGAGAGGGAGCAGCAGGAGCAGUUGGACAGAGAGCAGCAGGACUGGGAGAGAGGGAGACGCAUCUCCAACGCCGCUUUUGAAAGCACCCUGUACACUCCCACGCCUCAGGAGUACAGCAGGACGUCCUCCACGCCCGUAUCCCCAUCCACGCCCACUUAUCCAGCACCUGGGACGCCGUCACCCUCCUCCACAACUCCACCAACCCCACCUCUAAGGCAUUCGGCCUCCCGAUUCGCCACCUCGCUCGGUUCUGCCUUCCACCCAGUCCUGCCUCACUACGCCACGGUCCCGAGGCGACAGCAAGCGUUCCCCCAAGCCCCGCCUCCUGCUCCGGCCCCUGCCCCUGCCCCGCCUCCUCCACCAAAGUCUGUCGUUUGGUCAACUUGCAACUUCACUCCCUUGCCCCCCUCGCCCCCUGUCAUGAUAAGCAGCCCCCCGGGGAAGGCUGCAGGUCCACGGCCGCUCAUCCCGAUCGCAGCACCUUCUCCUCUCACCCAGAAGCCCCCCUCACCGGCCCCUAACGGCCCACCCAUGUUCCCCGCACCUUCUCCUGUGACCAUCCCGCACAGCCACACCCCUAUCGGCAUCGCUUGCCCCACCCCGCCUCCCCCACCCACCCCACCCCCUCUCCCCUCCCCCAUAGCUCCCCUUCCGUCUUCCUCCUUCGUCUCGUCUCCCCCCUCCUCAUCCCAGGCUCCUGGUGUGCCCUCUCCCUCCACAGCACCCCCUGCUGCCGCAGCCGCCGCCACCUCUGCCUCUGCUGAGCACCUCUCCCUCCCCGUGGGCCUGGGCCUGUCGGGGCCGGGGGAGCCGGACACCGCUACAGGCCCAGAGACCCACCUUCCUCAGGGGGGCUUCUCCUGUCAGUCCCAGGACGUGGUGCAGACCCCGGGCUUGACCACCCCGACCCCUCCCCCACCUCCACCCCUGCCACCCGGUUCCACUGUGACCUCCGCGGCUGCCACCCCGGCUGCCACCCCCUCUACCCCAGCCGGCCACCCUCCCCCACCCCCACCUCCUCCUCUCCCUCCUACGCUGACUCCAGGCGGGACCCCCCCUCCUCCACCAGGUCCGCCCCCUCCUCCCGGAGCCCCCCUCCCUCCCCCAGCGCCUCCCCUUCCCGCCGGACUCUUCUCUCCUGCCGAGGACCGUCCCACCUCAGGCCUGGCCGCUGCCCUCGCCGGAGCCAAGCUGCGCAAAGUGCCAAGGAGUGAUGAUGCAGGGGCAGCUCUGGCAGCAGCCAUGUUGGGGGCCGGAGGGGCCAAAUCUGAAGCCAGGGGCAACGGCCCUUUGCCCGGAGGAGGAGGGCUGAUGGAGGAGAUGAGCGCCCUGUUGGCCAGGAGGAGAAGAAUCGCAGAGAAGGGCUCGUCACCUGAACCUGACCAGAGAUCAGUAAAUCUUGACUUUGAAUUCCCUGCAGACCUUAAUCCCUCCUGGUGUGCCCUCAUCUGUCAGUACACCAGGUCGGCCUCUGUUCCCCAGCCCAGUGACUCUGACAGCAUGUUUGACAGCGCCUUACGCUCACGCUCAGCAGAGAACAGGAAGAGGAAGAUGAGUGCAUGCAACGUUUUUUAUCUGUAA